GGGGGUCCCUUCCAACCCAAAACAUUCUAUGAUUCUGUGAUUCUGUGAUCCGCACGCUGACCUGACCUGUGUUUUCUGGCUGCCUUCCCUCUAGGAAGAAGUUGGGCCUCUGCUGAAGAUACUGAAAAGUAACGGCAAUGGCGGCUGCAAGAACGGCUAAACCUUCUCUUCGUUUCGUGGCCCCAGUUAGACUGUGUCUGAAAUAAUUUACCAUACAGUUUGAGAUUUAGAGUUUGUUAAAAUGCCUGAAAUAAAAGUCACUCCCUUGGGAGCUGGCCAGGAUGUGGGGCGCAGCUGUAUCCUUGUGUCUAUUGCUGGGAAAAACGUGAUGCUUGACUGUGGGAUGCACAUGGGCUACAACGAUGAUAGACGCUUUCCUGACUUCUCUUACAUCACUCAGAAUGGAAGGCUGACUGACUUUCUAGACUGCGUGAUCAUCAGCCACUUUCAUUUGGACCAUUGUGGAGCUUUACCAUAUUUCAGCGAAAUGGUCGGUUAUGACGGGCCCAUUUACAUGACGCAUCCUACCAAGGCCAUCUGUCCCAUCCUCCUGGAGGACUACAGGAAAAUAACUGUGGAUAAGAAAGGGGAAACUAACUUCUUCACUUCCCAAAUGAUUAAAGACUGUAUGAAAAAAGUGGUUGCUGUGCAUCUUCACCAGACAGUUCAGGUGGAUGAGGAGCUGGAAAUCAAGGCAUACUAUGCAGGCCACGUGCUAGGAGCAGCCAUGUUCCAGAUUAAGGCUGGAUGCGAGUCAGUUGUGUACACGGGCGAUUAUAACAUGACACCAGACAGACAUUUAGGUGCUGCCUGGAUUGAUAAGUGUCGCCCAGAUUUAUUAAUAAGUGAAUCGACCUAUGCCACAACGAUCAGAGAUUCCAAACGCUGCAGAGAAAGAGACUUCUUGAAGAAAGUUCAUGAGACUGUAGAAAGGGGAGGGAAGGUUCUCAUCCCAGUUUUUGCCCUUGGACGUGCCCAGGAGCUUUGCAUUUUAUUGGAAACUUUCUGGGAAAGAAUGAACUUGAAGGCUCCAAUUUAUUUUUCCACGGGACUGACGGAGAAGGCCAAUCAUUAUUACAAGCUCUUCAUCACCUGGACUAAUCAGAAAAUUCGGAAAACAUUUGUGCAGAGGAACAUGUUUGAAUUCAAACACAUCAAAGCAUUUGAUCGGGCCUUUGCAGACAAUCCGGGGCCUAUGGUUGUGUUUGCAACCCCUGGCAUGCUUCAUGCAGGACAGUCCCUUCAGAUCUUCAGGAAAUGGGCAGGGAAUGAAAAGAACAUGGUCAUCAUGCCAGGCUACUGCGUGCAGGGAACUGUGGGCCACAAGAUUCUGAGUGGACAGCGCAAGCUGGAAAUGGAAGGAAGACAAAUAUUGGAAGUAAAGAUGCAGGUAGAGUACAUGUCCUUCAGUGCCCACGCGGAUGCCAAGGGAAUAAUGCAGCUGAUUCGCCAGGCUGAGCCACGGAAUGUUCUCCUGGUCCACGGUGAAGCAAAGAAAAUGGAGUUUCUGAAGCAGAAAAUAGAACAGGAAUUCCAUGUCAACUGUUACAUGCCUGCAAACGGAGAGACCACCACGAUCUUCACCAAUCCCAGCAUUCCCGUGGACAUAUCCCUGGGACUCCUGAAGAGAGAAACAGCAAUAGGUCUCUUACCAGAUGUCAAGAAGCCAAAGCUAAUGCACGGGACGUUAAUUAUGAAGGAUAACAGCUUCCGUCUGGUUUCUCCCGAGCAGGCUUUGAAGGAGCUGGGCCUUGCAGAACAUCAGCUGCGUUUCACCUGCCGCGUUCACAUUCAGGAUCCACGAAAAGAACACGAGACGGUGCUUCGUGUGUAUAACCAUCUCAAAGGGGUCCUGAAGGAUUAUUCAGUGCAGCAUCUCCCCGAUGGCUCUAUAACAGUGGAGUCCAUUCUUAUCCAAGCCACAGCACACUCAGAGGAUCAAGGAACCAAAGUUCUGCUCGUGUCCUGGACUUACCAGGAGUUACAGUGUUUCUCCAGUUCCUGCAGUGACAGUGUGUUACCAUUCAGCCGUACUGCCACCUCUCGCUGGAACCUGCUCAAGGAGUCACGACAGAGUCCUGAGGAACAAGCCUCGAGGCGCUUACACAGCAAGGUCCCUGGCAGUUCCUGUUCCACGUCCAAGAGCACGGCCCCGCCGGGACCCCCAAGCUGUGCCAGGUCAAAGCGCCACUUUCAGGCCUGUGUUCUGGAAAUGGAAAUCCGGAUUUCAUACCUUGCUGCCGUCAGGCACGGCCGGUUCCCUGCUCAACAAGCCCCGUGACAACUUCCCUCCUGUUGUCACCUGCUCAGCAGUCUCACACCCGCAGGCCCAGAGCCUACACGCACUUUAUAAAGUUUGGAGUCAGCAUGGGAAGGUACAGAACAGCGAGGCUGCAGCUCUGUUAGCAAAAAUCACAUCCUGUUCGGUAAACCGCUGGCUUCUGAGCAGGUUUCUCAGCCAGGCCAGUGGUUUUCUGGUGCCUCCGAUAACCCGCAAAUGAUAAAUUCUCUCCGAGGUCUCACAUUUCACCGGGUGGAAAACUCAGCCGUUCUCAGCAUCUGUGUGGUUCUGUUAACACAAGCAAAGGCGUGAAAUAGGUCAGGAACGUUUUGUGAUGUAAACACGAUGACUGAAAAAGAGAGCGUUGACAUUUGAACAGGACCGCACAGCCUGAGGAGUCGUGCCAGCUCCUCAGCGACGCCCCGCGGCACCUGUGUGCCAAGAGGAACGUGUUUACCACCAGCCCUGAUAAACAGUUGGCUCGAUUAUCUUCCAAGCUGGCAUUAACAGAUGUCCAGCUUGAAUCGAUAGGCACGCGGCGCUGGACAGCCUGGGCCGAAGUGCCCCUCAGGAAGCCCACCCCAUUGAUUCAGCAGCCCGGAGGAGAAGGAGAAGCCCUUAUUUGGCUGUGGAAUGUGGGCAGCGAGCAGCUUGUGAAGCCAGCUGGCUCCACGUGCCCCCAGGGAGAAAACAUGGGAUCCCUCCAAAAUAGGGAAAAGCCAAG